AUGUCUACAGGCUCCCCGAGCGACUCCGAGGAGCUGCCGGAGAUGGAUCUGGGAGGGCUGCAGCUGGACUACCCCGCGCCGCCCCGCUCCAAGCGACGUCCGCGAGGCGAGCCCUGCCCCUCGCUGGAGAACUCCUCGGCGGCCGAGGAAGACGACGACGACGAGGACGACGAGGAGGACGACGACGAGGCCGCGGCGCGCGGCGGCAAGAGGAAGAAGCGAGCGCGGGGGGGCGCUGAGGCGGGCGGCGGCAAGAGGCCGGCGGCGGCGGCGGCGGCGCGGAGCGCGGUCGCGGCGGCCGAGUGCAAGCAGACGCAGCGCAACGCCGCCAACGCGCGCGAGCGAGCCCGCAUGCGCGUGCUGAGCAAGGCGUUCUCGCGCCUGAAGACCAGCCUGCCGUGGGUGCCGCCCGACACCAAGCUCUCCAAGCUGGACACGCUGCGCCUCGCCUCCAGCUACAUCGCGCACCUGCGCCAGCUGCUGCAGGAGGACCGCUACGAGAAGGGCUACGCGCACCCGGUCAACCUGACAUGGCCCUUUGUGGUUUCAGGAAGACCAGAAUCCGACACCAAAGAAGUUUCAACAGCCAACAGAUUGUGUGGGACUACAGCUUAGUGAAAGUAAGCGAUACUCAUGCUGGAUAUGCCCCCCAACCACACAGACUGCUAUGGACUGAAAAAAGUGGUGUAAAGAAAUAAAUUUUGUUAAAUGUUUAAACCCUAUCCUUAUUCAUCGGGAAAGAAAAACGUAUUUUAAACAUAUAAUGAAUGAGGAAAAACGGUUUACUGAAUUUGCUGCUUCAGCUAAAAUGAUGUGUUUGGAAAGGUCUUUUUUUGCAUCAUUACUUCCAUUAAGAACUGGUCUUGAAGCUUUUUCACUAACUGAAGAUAUACAAGAGGAUAAUUUUAAUAGAAUUAACAGCAUGGACCAAAGUAUAGAUUGUACAAGCUAACCCCGAACAGUGUUGUUUGUGUACCAAAGGAAAUUGGUAUUCUAGACUAGUUUUAAAUUCAAAUUUAUAAUAUAUUUGAUUUUAUGUUCUUGGCAGCUAUGCAAUAGUAAGACUACUUUCAUCAUCUUAGUCAACUUAAAACUAAACCUAAAGACACAAAGAUAGUAUCCAGUUGCACCUUCACAGCCUGCUCCUCAAUUGCAUUAAAUCGAAUUACUUGGAUUUGAGCUGCACAUAUACAUUCCCAUUGAUAUUGCUGGGCUUGCUUAAAUGAAAGUUCCAGGCAAGAAGCCAUGGAUCAAAAUCAUAGAUAAUGUCUUGUUGAGCUGGGGCUGUUGGUAAUAUUUUUAUGCAAGAGGGGAAGUGCAGAGAAUUUUCAUGGGCACAUUCCACAAAGAUGCAUGAAGUUUCCUCAACCUGAAUUGGGAAGCCUAUUUACUUGAGACUGUGGAUGAUGUGUUAUACAAGAAGGUGGUAUUUUAUGA